UGACCAUGAACAAUAACUUCUGCCGGGCGCUGGUGGACCGGAGGGCCGUGGCUUCCCCCAGUUGUAUGCAGCUGGGGAUCGUGGCCCCUCCAGGCCAUUCCCACCUCCCCCCCACAGAGUCCUUGACGAGCGUGCCUUUCUUGCUCUACCCCAGCAACGUGGAGCCAGCCUAUUAUGAUACAUAUGGGGGGAUGUUCCCUUAUGUCCCAUUCCACGGUCCCUUCGGAGUCUAUGACUACCCGUUCGAGCCCGCCUUCAUCCAGAAACGCAAUGAGAGGGAGAGGCAGAGGGUGAAGUGUGUCAAUGAGGGUUACGCUAGACUCCGGGAGCACCUUCCAGGCGCACUAGCAGAGAAGAGACUGAGCAAAGUGGAGACCCUCCGAGCUGCCAUACGGUACAUCAAAUACCUGCAAGACCUGCUUAGCACCUCGCCAGAGGGCACGGCUUCCUCCACCGGCAGUAAUCUCCUGGGUGGAGGACCCAGCCCUCCCCCGGGUCCUCUGACAGACUGUACCAGUGACGGUGAAGCCAAGGCCUCUUCCUCCCUGCUCCCAGAGUCUUCCUCUUCAUCCUACUUCUCUUCCUCCCCCUUCUGGGAAUCAGAGGAAUCCAGCCACUGAA